CGGAAGUAACCUGCUGUUGCCGAGGGGACGGGCCAGGCAGAUGCCAACAUGGCAGCGGUUGGGUCUGGCGGUUCCCCCGCGGCGGCCGGGCCAGGGACGGUCUCCGCGGGGGCGUUGGAGCCUGGGACCGCGAGUGCGGCUCACCGGCGCCUCAAAUACAUAUCCCUAGCCGUGCUGGUGGUCCAGAAUGCCUCCCUCAUCCUCAGCAUCCGCUACGCCCGCACGCUGCCUGGGGACCGCUUCUUUGCCACCACUGCUGUGGUCAUGGCUGAAGUGCUCAAAGGUCUCACCUGCCUGCUGCUGCUCUUUGCACAGAAGAGGGGUAACGUGAAGCACCUGGUUCUUUUCCUCCACGAGGCCGUCCUGGUGCAGUACGUGGACACACUCAAGCUCGCAGUGCCCUCUCUUAUCUACACCUUGCAGAAUAACCUCCAGUAUGUUGCCAUCUCCAACCUGCCAGCGGCCACUUUCCAGGUGACGUACCAGCUGAAGAUCCUGACCACGGCACUGUUCUCCGUGCUGAUGCUGAACCGCAGCCUCUCCCGGCUGCAGUGGGCCUCCCUGCUGCUCCUCUUCACCGGCGUCGCCAUCGUGCAGGCCCAGCAAGCCGGCGGUGGGGGCCCUCGGCCGCUGGAUCAGAACCCUGGGGCGGGCCUAGCCGCUGUCGUGGCCUCCUGUCUCUCCUCGGGCUUCGCAGGUGUCUACUUUGAGAAGAUCCUCAAAGGCAGCUCAGGCUCCGUGUGGCUGCGCAACCUGCAGCUGGGCCUCUUCGGCACGGCGCUGGGCCUGGUGGGGCUCUGGUGGGCCGAGGGCACUGCUGUGGCCCGCCGUGGCUUCUUUUUCGGGUACACACCUGCUGUCUGGGGCGUGGUGCUCAACCAGGCCUUCGGCGGCCUCCUGGUGGCUGUCGUCGUCAAGUACGCCGACAACAUCCUCAAGGGCUUUGCCACCUCCUUGUCCAUUGUGCUGUCCACCGUUGCCUCCAUCCGCCUCUUCGGCUUCCACGUGGACCCGCUGUUUGCCCUUGGCGCUGGGCUGGUCAUCGGUGCCGUCUACCUCUACAGCCUUCCCCGCGGUGCAGCCAAAGCCAUAGCUUCCACCUCCACCUCUGCCUCCGGGCCCUGCACCCACCAGCAGCCUCCGGGGCAGCCGCCGCCACCGCAGCUGUCUUCCCACCGCGGAGACCUCAGCACGGAGCCCUUUCUGCCAAAGUUGCUCACCAAGGUGAAGGGUUCCUAGCCGCUGGGAAUGAAGACGCUGGCCUGGCCUCGCUCCCCCUUCUUGCCCUGGCCCAGUCAGGGCCAGACUCUCUAAUCAGUAUUAGUGGGGGAUGGGGUGGGGUGGGGUGGGGGACACACCGAACCCCUUGUCCCCACCGCCCCGUCUCCUACGCAGGGCUGACGUGACUAAACUCUUCUCGGGUAACGAGGGCCCAGACAGAACCCACCCACCUCAGUCUCCAGCCCCUGCCACCCCCAUGUCCCUGCCACCUACCCACCCCCAUUCUUUCUUAGGUGAGUUUUUGUAAAUAAAAUGUUUUGCACCUUG